GAUACGGUCGCACUCUAACUUUCACAACGAAAAUAUUUUAUUUUUAUUUGUUAUUUCUUUUCAUUGAAAUAUAACUAGAUAAUUUAAAAUAAAAUAACAAGUUAUAUUACAAACGCAAUGUCAGUAUGCUAAUAAAUGAAAAUUACGAUGAAGCGAAAGUGCUAAGAUUCGAGCUAACAAGCCAUCCCAUUGGCAGCCAAGAUCCGAUCUCCAUCUAAAGUAUGAAACGAACCUACAUAGAGUGAAAAUAAAGAAGUGACGUUUGCACUGUCUAGACUUUGAAGCUAAACCAUAUAUCUACUUAUUGUGUAUUGAGUAAUUUGAUAAAGAUGUUGUGAUGGCGAAAAUGGCAUCUGGUGACCUUUCGUUGACCAGCACAAGCAGUCAAGAGGAAGAAAGUUCUGAAUAUGUGGGCUAUGAUAACACACUGCGACCGCCGUCCAACUCGAGUGGAAGCACAACAGCCGCCAAUAUGGCCAACAAUAAUGGACCUACCAAGGUUGUCAGCAGUGUAGGAGGCGUUGGGGGAGUUGGUGGCAAUGUUAAGAAAUACGAACUACUACAGUCACAGUAUGAAUCAGCGAUGCUGGAGCUGAGCACGCUGCGGCACCAGCAUUCGAGCUCGGAGCGGCGUUGUGAUGAACUGGCCACGCAAUUGAAUCUUUAUCAAGAGCACUAUAUGGCUGAUCGUAAUAAGUUUACGGACAUUGUGGCUGAGAGUGCACGCCUAAAACACAAAUUGAUGUUGCUAGAGAGUCAGAACCAGAACAAUGGAAAUGCUUCAGCUCCACAACAGUCAACAGCCAGUAGCAACGCCUUUUACUACAGUAAGCUGCAGACGCCAUGCGAUGGGAGCUGCAAUAGCAGCGAGAAGUUGGCGGAAAUGAAAAAGGAGCGCAAUUUGAUAGCUAUGGAACGUGAGAAAUACAAGAAAUCAUACAUUGAGCUGGAAAAGGAGCGCAACUUUUAUCGCGAACGCGGCGAUGAGAAUCAAACUCUUAAAGUUCUACUCUCCAAGGAGACAAAGCACGUUGUUUCAUUGACCGAAGAGCUAAAUCAGCUUCUCUCCGAGAAGGACAACGUGCUGCAAGAGCAUCAAAAGAUGUCUGAUGAUCUGGCGCUAGCCAACAAGGAAAUCGAUCGUCUUAAAAAGGAUGAGCUUGUAUACAAGAACGAAUUAAAGUCCUUGCAAUUAGCAAAUGCAGAGCAUAAGAAGCGUGAUCUACUAAAGUCGCGGGAGAGCAGCUGGUCCAAGGAGUUCAAUAAUGAUAAAGAGGAGUUGGAAAAGUUACGUAAGAGUCUUGACAAGACUCAGUCUGAAGUUGAGCGCGCAAUGCAGGAUACUGAAGAAGCAAAACGUGUGCGCGACUGGGCAAUCUCACAACGUGAGAAAAUCGUACAGGAGCGUGACUCAGUAAAGACGCUCUGUGAUAAUUUGCGCAAGGAGCGCGACAAGGCGAUAUCCGAUUUGUUAAUGGCCAUACGCGACAGUGAAAAAAUAAAAAAGCAAAAAGAUGAGGCACAAAAGAAAAUCGAUGCACUCAAGGAGCAGCUUGAGAGUCAAACCACAACAGCGAUGCCUUUCGAUAGCGCCUCACGGCGCAGCUUUCGCUUAAGCAGCUUUGAAAGCGGCGAAGAUCUGCUGGAAAUCGAAUUGUGCAACUACCAUGACUCAGAUCUGGGCAUAAUACUAGAUGAUAGUAACAAGCGUCAGCUGGUUUGUGGUGUCACCAAUAGUUCGUCUGCGUUUGGCAAACUCAAAAUAAACGAUGUAAUAUGCAAGGUAAAUAAUUUGGAAUGCCAGGGCGUAUCGAAACGCAUGGUUCUAGACGAAAUACGCGCAUGCGCACCACGAUGUCUGCUGCUCGUAGCACGCACUCGUCACAGCAAAAGGCACUCGUACGCUGUGCAGCUUAAAACGAACGGUCGUGAUGCCAUCGGCUUGCAGUUAGACAUGGGCGUUUUUAUAGCCAAAAUAGAGCCCAACUCGCUGGCCUUCUACGAGCCGGAGCUGGAUGUGGGGGACCGCGUGCUGAGUAUAAACAAUAAGUCAAUGGAUUCGUUGCAGUCCAUUGAUGAGGUGAUGCAGCUGCUUAACACCGACACUGUCAACAUAUUUGCUUUGAAGUACGUGCCGGAGCAGCAGUCCGAUACGCAUUGUCGCAUGACUAGCUCAUCUGCGCAAACCGAUAGCUCCAUUGACUCCAUGCAACAGUUAAAUAGUAGCAGUGGUGUGGCUAGUGGUAGCAGCAGCGCCGCAAAGCAUCCGUCCAAAUUUGCAGACUUUCUCCGUAAACUGAAAUUCAGUAAACCGGGUACUGCCGAUGAUAGCUUUGAGCAGGAGCACGAUGUGGCCAUUGCGGCUUUAGAUUCGGUGCUCAGCGAAAAUAGCUCAGAGAAGAGCAAAGAGAAUCUCUUCAAACGCCACAAGCGCGGAAAAAAGGGCGAAAAAGAGGCGAAAAGCAUGGGUACCUGGCCCCGCACAAACAUCUCACACGAUAAUCCAACUGGCACUAUUGUCCAACGAGGUGGUGAGAAGAAACGCGCGCUUAUGUCACUAUUUACCGCGGGGCCCAUCAACGUGGAUAAAGAUGAUGAUGUCGUAGAUCAAGUGGAGUCCAAGCCACAAUUGCAGCUUCAGGAGCUUCCGCCGCCACCGUUGCCACCGCAGUUGUCCAAGCCGCGCAACGUUAAUGGCGGUACAAUCAAAACGCAUCCCAAUCGCAAUUCUAACCCUGUUGGCAAUGUGGUGGCAUCCACACUCUUUCAGCCUAGCAACGUGGGCGUCACUUAUCCGCGACAUUCGUUAUAUGGAGGAGUGGUUACUUUGCCGGAGGACAAGCAGCAGAUGCAGCGACCCGCACCGCUAAUGGGCGCCAAUGCACGCGUAAAGUUGCACGGACAGGAACGAUCUACCCGUUUACACAAUCCACAUCGUUUUUCUCUGAAUAUACCACCCAGCGGAGGUGAUUUUUAUCAGCCCAAAACCAGCGGCCAGCAGGCACAGCAGCAGGUCGUGCCAGCAGUUGCGGCUGGUGAAUUUCCAUCCCGCAAGCAGCAAAUGUUUGAUAUGUUUCAGCAGCCAGCGCCGCCGCUGCCAUUGCCUAAAGUGAACGCCGUCUUUAUGCCGCUGCAUCCUCCGCCCCGUGUUUCCGGCGGCAGUGGAUCAGCUGGUUCUAGUUCGGGCGGCCCAGUGGAUAUUAUAUCGCUUAAGUCACAAAACUCUAUAGAGUCCAUGCUGUCGGCAAAGAGUCCGCCCAUUAGUGAAUGUAAUGUGUAUCGAAAACGUAAUGUACCGCCAAUGCCACCAAAACAUGUUCCAAAAUAUCCCAGCGACAGCGAGAGCGUUGGGUCAGGCAUACUGGUGACAGGCGGGCACAAUUAUUUGCCGCCUCAUCAGGCGCACAUGACUACAGUCGGCAAUCGGCACACACAACUCUUUCCCAGUUUUCCGCCCAGCAGUCAUGGCCUCCGUUACAUGCGACGUUCCAGUCCUCUGACGUUACCCUCACCGCCACCGCCAAGUAUGGCGACAACGCCGCAGGCCUCGCUACCGGCACAGCUAGAAAGUAAUAGCAACAGCAGUACCAUUGGUAUACCAUCUGAGCUGGAGUUUGCGCCAGGUCAACACUCGCAGCAGCUUCCACAUUCGCAUCAGCACAUGCAGCACCCGGCAUAUAUCGACUAUAGCCAACAACAGACGCAGCACUAUCCUUACAGCCUCGCUGGCGUGGCCGGGCCUGGAAAUGGCAUCAUUUAUGAAGGCGGCACCUUUCCGCGGAAGAAAGACAACCAACGUCUGCGUAUUCCAUCGAAUCCCAGCGUGGCCAGCAACAGACAGAAUAGCAGCAGCUUGGUCAAGAACAGCUCUGGUUCCAUUGACCAUCAUUAUGGUGCAAGCAGCAAUUCCGGUCACACAGCUCUGCCGGUCUCGGUGAUGAGCUCUGCGCUCCACACAAACUACGCCGCGAAUGUAAAUAGCAUAAAUGGUGGCGGCGGCGGAGGAGGCAGCGGAAGAGGCUCGCCCAUGCCGCAGGUGCAUGUGGAGGUACUUAGUCAUGGCGGGCCAAGUGGAAGUGGCAAGCGCAGCGUCAAUGUUGCCACGGAUUUUCUAUGCCCUGGAGACCUUAGAAGAGUCACGAUCGAUAAGCGCGACAAGUCGCUCGGCAUUACUAUACAGUGCAACAAAAAUGGCGGCGGUAUUUUUGUGUCCACAGUUGCCGACAAGAGUACCGCAAUGCGUGCCGGUCUCCAGGUGGGCGAUCAACUCUUGGAAGUCUGCGGCAUCAACAUGCGUGCAGCUACUAACGAAAUAGCGGCAAAUGUGCUGCGCCAGUGCGGCGAUUCCUUUACAAUGCUGGUGCAGUACAAUCCAGAGAAGUUUCACUCAACUGAUUACGAGGGCAUACACAACCUGGAACCAGAAUCUCCCCUUAAUCAUUCAGGCUCGCCAACUCCCCGAAAUUCCCCGCGACCGCCGGCUCGCAGUGUACAAACAACGUUGCCGAUGCAGCAGCCGCUGACUUUACUGCCGUCCGCGGUAUCCGUCACACGUGCGCCACUCUCUCAUCAAUCGAUUAAGGAUCAGAGCUUUACAGACAGCUUGGAAAAUCAAUCGGACAUAAGCAGUAGCCAGGAUAUACCUUCAUCGGCGGCCACAACGACCACUACGACUGCUUCGGCUACCUCAACCGUUUACGAUGACGAAGCCAAGCUCACACUGCCCGCAGCUCCGCCAUCACUGGCUGCCGAGGCUUUGCGUUUUGUAACGCUUCACAUGGAUAAGUCAAAGAAUCUGGGUAUCAAACUGUUUGGAGGUAAUAAGGUGGGAAUCUACGUGCACGACGUUGCGCCCGGUUCACCAUCAGAUCACGCUGGCAUACGUAAGGGUGACCUAAUACUGGAGUACAAUGGCGUCGAUUUAAGCGGAGUUACCGCCGAACAGGCUGCAAAUGAGAUCUCCAAGCUGACCGACACUGUAACUAUGCUAGUGCAAAACAAAUUACAAACUCUUAAGCAAAUCAAGGAUAAACCGGGCGAUUCGUUCUAUAUACGUGUGGGGUUUGAUCGCAUUGGGGAAUUAAACGAGGAUGACUUGCGUUUCGUUAAAGACGAGGUACUUUAUGUGGAUAACACGGUGUUUAAUGGCACGUUUGGUCUGUGGCGCGCUUGGAAAUUAGAUGCAAUGGGACAUCGGAAAGAGUGCGGCGUCAUUCCAAGUCAAAUGAAGGUGGAAGAGGAGCUGCGUUCGGGCGAGGUAGUGGACUGUGAUACAGGCACUGCGCGACGCGGCAGCACCUCAGCCCGCCGUUCAUUUUUUCGCCGCAAGAAAAACCAGCGUAGCUCUUCACGCGAUUCAACGGAGAUAGCAAGUUUUAGCAAUACACAGCUAAGUUUCUUUCCCGACUCGGGCAUUCUAAACGAUGAUGGUGGCGUUUUGAGCUAUCAGCGUGUGGAGCUUCUGGACUCCCCCAUACGUCGACCAGUGCUAAUCAUUGGACCGCUGUCAGAGUGCUUGAUAGAUCGUUUGAAAAUCGAUUUUUCCAAUUUAUUUAAGUUGUGCGAAGUAACGACCAUGGACUGCUCACAGGAAGCCAUGGAGGAGGGCCUCAAGGAGAAUAUAUUCGUGGAUUAUCGCCGGCGUGGAAACAAAUUCGAAUGUACCACCGUAGAGGCCAUUAGCAAUGCGUGCAAGAUUGAUCGGCGGCACUGCAUCCUAGAUGUAUCGAUCUCAGCUGUGGAGCGUCUGCAGCGUUUGCAAAUCUAUCCGAUUGUACUGUUGCUUCGAUUUAAGUCGGCGAAACAAAUUCGCGAUAUACGCGACUUUGGCACCGACAAAAUAUCGGCUAAAGCAGCUAAGGAAAUGUACGAGCGCGCACUUAAAUUGGAGUUCGACUAUAAGCAGUACAUAUCCGCCGUUAUUCCUGGAGUCAGCAUCAAGCAUAUGUGCACACAGAUCAAGGACGCUGUUGAUAAGGAGCAGGACAAACUUCUCUGGGUGCCUGUUACAAAUGGCUAGCACAAUCAAACUAAUAAAUGAGAUGCGAUGUUUUUUUUUUAGAUUCUAUUAGUUUGCAGAAACUUCACAAGUAUUUGUGUACAGUUAUUAUAUUCGGUUUGCGUAACGUAUAGUCGUUAUGCUAAACACAAUUUGCACUUAUUUUGUUUGGAUAUAGGGCGCAGUAUCUAGUAUGUUUGUUCCAUGUCUGAUUUAAUUUAUAUAAUAUUUUAAUACUGUGGGAAAGUAGUUGUUUGUCUGGUCGAGUAUUUUCAAAAUGUUCAUGUAAUAUUUCAAGUUUUGUUUAAUUAAGCAAUUCUGUUUUAUUGCUUAAAUUCAUAAUCUGCAUUUUAAAUUAAAUUUUGUUGCAGUAAAAAUUUUGCAUUCAUAUCAAUUGGACUAUUAUAGUUUACUUGAUUCAAAUAGUUUUGGGGCAAUAUUUGAAUAAUUCUUUAAAUUACAAAUAUAUAUAUAAAAAAGUGCCUUUUAUAAAAAGAAAAGUGAAAGUAUAAAAUUAGUUAUGAUAAUGCAGACUUAAAGUCUUUAUUCUAUGAACAAAGUGGAUAAUGACAACAUGCUAUUACUAUUACGGUAUUACUAAAAAAGUAAAUGUAAAAACUGAUACAUAAAAUGCCUUUAGCAAUAAAGAAAUGCUACAAAAUUUAAAUAAAUCUAACAGAAAAGUAAAAUAUGAACGUAUUAAA